CUACAGCCUUUCCUCCACUCUUAGAAUAUCAUCAAAAACUAUUUCUUAUCAAUCAAGUUCUUUCCCGGCCCUCAAAGCACGGGAUUGUAUCUUGAAUCUUGACCCCUAAAACACCCUUUCUCAUGUCCUAUCAUAGAACUCAAGGUCAAGGGAACCUAUAAUAUAAGGCUAACCAACCCAUAUAAAUAUUCCGAAAUUUAAGGUACUCCACUACUUUUAUAGCACCACCACCACCACCACCCUAGCUUGCUAGUUCUUACCAUUUUAUUUUAUUUUUGUUUCAGAAGUGAGUGAUAGUCAUUAGUCAGUGAUCAUAUAUAUUGUAAUUAACAAGAACUAAAUUAAGGUGCAAAGUGACAUGGCUGCUGCUUCUCUCCCUUCUUUCUUCUCCGUACAAGCAAGAGGACCAUAUCUCAAAUUCAAAAGAAGCAAUAUACGUCGAGGGCCGCAAAUAAUAAAAGUUCAAAACUAUCAAGAUGAAGGGAGAUCCACCAACAUAGAUGCGAAUUUAAAUGUUCUAAAGAAGAGGAUAGAGAUGGUGAGGGUGAAGGAGAGAUUGGAAAGGUGUUGCAAAUCUCAACAUGGUUGGAAUUAUGUCCCAGUUUCUGACCACAGAAUAACCAAAGGAUCAAACAAAGAGGAGUUCAGCUUAAUUGAGUUCACAGGUCUAGUUUGUGGGACUCUUGGUCUUACUUGUUUUGGUGGAACACUCUUCAUUUACCUUGUUUCCCUGGUUGUUCAUCUGCAAUUAUGAUUUGAUAUGACGUCCAUUUUUUAUUUACCAUCAUAAAUGUAUAGAGCUCGUUAUUUCUUUUCUCCAUCAAUUGUAUUGUAUGAUGGAAAUUGUGAGGGGAUUUACUAGUGUUUUAUUUAUUGCUGCCAUAUUUAAUGAAUCUGCAAAUUUGUUAAAA